GGAGGCGGGAGCGCGCUUUGAGUAGAGGUGCAGAGCAAAGCCGCCGGCAGCGGGCAGGAAAGACAAGUCUGUGAGCCGCAGACAUUCAGCUGGCGGAGCCUCGCUCGCGGAGACGGACUAAAUGAGGCCGGUGACCUCGAGAACCUGUUAAGAGGCACUGAAAAAGCAUUGAGCUUGGAGCCAAGACCCUGUUAAGUAAGAGUCAAUGAAAAAGCAUUGAGCUCGGAGCCAAGACCCACCUCUUCACUAAUUUGAUAUUGUGCAAGUCAUCUUAUCUCUCUGGAUCUCAGUUGCCUCAUCUAUAAAAAGGAGAUAAAAUUUUUCACCUAUCUGAAGGAGUACAGCAUUAGGAAUAGAGACAGUGGAAAGAUUCUUUUAAGCUCUGGGUGGCCCCCAUCAAGGGAUAGUCACAGUUCCUGAUGAGGUCUGAAAAGUGAAGUUACAGAGAUGAGGUGGAGGACCAUCCUACUACAAUAUUGUUUUCUCUUGGUUACAUGUCUACUUACUGCUCUUGAAGCUGUACCUAUAGAUAUAGACAAGACAAAAGUAAAAAAUACUCAACCUGUGGACAGUGCAAAGAUAGAACCACCAGACACUGGACUUUAUUAUGAUGAAUAUCUCAAGCAAGUGAUUGAUGUGCUGGAAACAGAUAAUCAUUUCAGAGAAAAGCUCCAGAAAGCAGACAUAGAAGAGAUAAAGAGUGGGAGGCUAAGCAAGGAGCUGGAUUUAGUAAGUCACCAUGUCAGGACAAAACUUGAUGAACUGAAAAGGCAAGAAGUAGGAAGGUUAAGAAUGCUAAUUAAAGCUAAAUUGGAUUCCCUUCAUGAUACAGGCAUAGACCACCAUGCUCUUCUAAAACAAUUUGAUCACCUAAACCACCUGAAUCCUGACAAGUUUGAAUCUACAGAUUUAGAUAUGCUAAUCAAAGCGGCUACAAGUGAUCUGGAACACUAUGAUAAGACUCGACAUGAAGAGUUUAAAAAAUAUGAAAUGAUGAAGGAACAUGAAAGGAGAGAAUAUUUAAAAACACUGAAUGAAGAAAAGAGAAAAGAAGAAGAAUCUAAAUUUGAAGAAAUGAAGAAAAAGCAUGAAAAUCAUCCCAAAAUUAAUCAUCCAGGAAGCAAAGAUCAACUGAAAGAGGUAUGGGAAGAGACUGAUGGAUUGGAUCCUAAUGACUUUGACCCCAAGACGUUUUUCAAAUUACAUGAUGUCAAUAAUGAUGGCUUCCUUGAUGAACAAGAAUUGGAAGCCCUAUUUACUAAAGAGUUGGAGAAAGUAUAUGACCCCAAAAAUGAAGAGGAUGAUAUGGUAGAAAUGGAAGAAGAAAGGCUAAGAAUGAGGGAACAUGUAAUGAAUGAGGUUGAUGCUAACAAAGACCGACUGGUGACUCUAGAAGAGUUUUUGAAAGCUACAGAAAAAAAGGAAUUCUUGGAGCCAGAUAGCUGGGAGACAUUGGAUCAGCAACAGUUCUUUACAGAGGAAGAACUGAAAGAAUAUGAAAAUCUUAUCUCCUUACAAGAAAGUGAACUUAAGAAAAAGGCAGAUGAGCUGCAAAAACAAAAAGAAGAGCUACAGCGUCAGCAUGACCAACUGGAGGCUCAGAAGCUGGAAUAUCAUCAGGUCAUACAGCAGAUGGAACAAAAAAAAUUACAACAAGAAAUUUCUCCAUCAGUGCCUGGCGGAGAAUCGAAGUUUGAGUUUGAGCCACUCAUUUAAAGUCCGAAGUCCACCAGAACUUGGAAGAAAACUGUUAAGUCAACAUCUGUGUCAUCUUUUUAUCUCCCUUCCUUUUUCUCUACUCAAUAAAUAUUUUAAAGCAUAUUAUGGAAUAAAGGAAGAUACUUUUUAAAUGAGACCAUAUUUUUUUUUGGACAUAGAUACUUAAGGAUUGAAGUGUACCAGAACCAGGAAGAAAACAAACUCAGUGUCUGCUCUCACUUUCAUUCCUCCCUUCUUUUUACUUUGUUCUCCUCUAACGACUUAAAUGGCCUACAGCCAUAAUUUAGUGAAACCAUCAGUAACUAUUUAAGAAAUCUCUGUCUACUGCUGUUAAAAUAAAUUGCUCUCCUUUACUCAUAAAGAUAGAUUUUCUUUUAUGGGUGCCUAUCAUCCCCUCAGUCAGUAAAACUCUUUUUGAUAUUAAUAAUUUUUCUCCUGAAAAGACCACAGUAUUCCCCAGUGUUCCUUGGUAUCUUUUUCCUACUUUUAGCAUCCUUAACUGCCAGAGAUUCUACUGAAUAGCUUUUGCUACCACUUCGGGUCAUUUUUCAUUCAUAUUUUUGCUUUAUACGCUAUCAUUUAAUGUCAGGUUCUGCUACCUAAAACAGAAAGACCAGAGAUAACAGUGGUUUAAACAGGAGUUUUUCCCUUUUACAUAAAAGAAAUCUGUAAGUAGGUGGUGUCCAGGUUCCUUAUCUUUCUGCUCUGCUAUCCUCAGUGCAUGGUUUUUAUUCUCAAGUUAUCUCAUCCUCACUGCCCCAAGAUUGCUUUUGUAGGCAGGGGAAGUGCAAGAAAAAGAACUUUCCCCAGGUAACUCUGCUUCCUUGAGGCAAUUUUCCUGGAGAGCCACACAGCAUUUGAACUUACAUCUCAUUGGCCUAAACUGAGUCACAUGGCCAUCUACCUGCUAGGGAAGAUGAGAAAUCCUUGUGGCAUUGGGACUAGCUAAAAGUUAGGAUUCUUUAACUAAGGAAGAUGGGAAGAGGGACUGUUUGGUAGACAACUUUUAAUUUUAACCCAAUCAGCCUUGUUGGCCACCUACAUAUCUUUGUACACUUUUCUGAAACAUAGAAAACGCUCACUUUCCCCACCCAAAAGGAAACCACCCAAAUCCAAUCCAUUAUUGCAUAGACCUCAAAGACCGUGGUAUCUGAGUAUAGUCCCCUCCAUCAGGUUAGGAGGUGGUUUCUUAUGUUCUGGCCACAACAGCAAGGAGUCUGCUCCAUGAACAACAUAUCUAUAAUGCUGGGUCAGGUACAGGAUUACUGCAAUCAAAUCAGCCUUCUUGAAAAGGGGAAAACGGAAACAGAGCACUCACUGAUUCAUAACAAUAAAAAUACUGCUUGAUAAAAAUAGCAGGGUUUCUCUGCUAUGUCCCUUAGUACACAUUUCCUGGUUUUUCCCUAGGCAACUUCCUGAUAGUUUCAACUUUCUGGAGAAGUACCUUGUCUAAUGUCCUCAGGGCAUUGCCCUCAGGGAAGUUUUUAUUGUCAAUUAAUUUUUAAGGACACAUCUGAGUGAGGAUUGGAAAGGGUGCCCUAGUUGGAGGCCAGACAGGCUUAGCACUUCACUUCCUAUUAUUUUGGGUUCGGGGGUUCAGGAUUGUUUUAGAUACUUACAGGUCAUUAUAGGCCCGGUUUAGGGAUUUUUUUGUUUUGGCAAAACAGUUCCCUAAAAACUUAGUAAGUUUCUGGUCUGUUUUCUUUAAUUCUUACCUUAAGGAACCACAAAGGUCUUGAUUAGACAUAGUUUUUAACAAAGAACCUCAUCUUUACUUGCUGGCCUCUGUGUUCUCGCGCUCCCCUGGGGUCUUAAAUGAAUGGUACUUACUUGAAAUCAUUUUAAACUAUAGGCUUGGAUGGGAUGGCAACAGUCUUUAUCUGAUCUUUUUCCGUAGGAUGGUUCCCAUUACUUGGCAGAAAAUUCUUAAGGGAAGGUUCUUGAAAAAGGUUAAGGAGGCUUUGGCAGCCUCCCAGAACCUUGUAAUUGUUUCCGUUCGCAGUACUGUGGUAGUUGACUUUUUCAGUUCUUCAGUGCUCCAGAUCUGGGACUUGGUCAAUUUAUUCCGUAGAUAGAAAGAGCAAUUCCUUCAGCAAAGCUAUAUAUCCUUCCAUCUCUGUAGGCUUAUUAACCUUAGCCUGAGUCACAUCUCUCUUGUAGGACUUUGCUGAAAGAGGCAAGAGGCGGCCCACACGUAUCCUUCUGAAAUACUCCCACCACUUUCUCUGAUACCUUAACUUCAGUUGAUAUGAGAUCUCACGGCCCAAAGCCCCACAUCCUCAGUUCAGCCCACUUCAUGUUUAAGAUCCUUUUACUUGCUGUACCUCACUUCUAGCUAUCAAAUUCUGUAUAGGUCAAGAUUCUUGGUUCUAGGUAAUGGAAUCUUCUUUAGCUGUUAAACGGAAUAGGAUUGAUUAAGGGGUAUAGAUAGCUCACAGGAUCUUUGAGAGAGCUGAAAACACAGAAUGCAGGCUGAGCUUCUACUGUGUUUCCCCAAAAAUAAGACCGGGUCUUAUAUUAAUUCUUGCUCCAAAAGAUGCAUUAGGGCUUAUGUUCAGGGGAUGUCAUCCUGAAAAAUCAUGCUAGCGCUUAUUUUCGGGUUAGGUCUUGUUUUCGGGGAAACGGGGUAGGAACUACAUCACAAGCGAGGACUACCAAAGAAGCAGCAGCUUUGGGAACAAUCAAGAAGCUACUUACCAUAUUGAGACUCUGCCUGCUGGAUUAGGAAGAUGUGAACAGUCGCCAGCUCCGGAACCACACCACCACUGCUGUGCUUUGUGUUGGCAAAAAUGGAUAUCUCGUGUCCUGUCUCUUUCCCCAUGUAACUCGGUUCUGAGUGAAAGUCUCAACUCUGCAUUACAAUCAAGAAGAAAUUGAAAAAGAGCCAAAGUUAGAUAAUGAGCUUCAUCAUUUUCAUCCAAGAUUUUUAUCCCCUGAAGAAGGUGCUAGAGAAAUCUGCCGUCACCCUCCACCACUGGUGCCUCUAACUUCAUACUUGUUGGAAUCGAGAGACUGAAGUGUAUUAACUAAAUGCAAAGUUUACUCUUUCGUUCCUUGUGGGUGAUAUAAUGGAAGAUUAAUGACAACUUGCUUUCAAGGUGGGAAAUUUGAAGGAAAUUAGAUCUUUUCCUUGCUUUUAAAAACAUUUUUUUAACACUAUCAUUAGCGGGAUUCCAAUCUUUACCUACUUAUGUUUUAAAUUAUUUUUUAAAUGAAUAGUUAGCUAUGCGUUAGUAACCGUUCCUUAGAGACUCCAAGAACUGAGCCAGAACAAUCAACCACACCAAAUGGUGAAGAAACCAAAUUGAAAAAUUAGGAUAUAUGGUCACCAGCACUGGCAACCUGUCUAUUCAGACAAAAGCAAAGCAAAAUGAAACCAAUGAAAACUUUGAUUUGAUUUAGGAAUUUAGAUUUUUUGUUGUUGUUGUUGAAAUAUGGCCUAUAGAAUUGGGUAGAAAAAAACAACUACGUUUCAUGUCAACAGAUUAUGUACAGUUUUUACUGCAGAGCUUUCAGUAUAUGAUGUCAGUGAUGUUCUUGAUGAAUGUCAUGUACCAGCUUGAUUGUCCGCCAGCCCUUGACUGUGUAUGUUUCCUUACACGAUCACCCUUCCAGUUGCCUUCAAAACUCUGCAAGCCUGUAAACAAGUUUUCUUUUGUUUGUAAUUUGUUUAUAAUCUAUUGUAAGCAAUGGAUUUGACUUUUCCUGUGCAAAUUUUCUUACCCCCUUUUGUUUUAUCCUUAGG